UCCUAUCAUCAGCCCCUUCAAUAAACCUUCAUCAAAAACUCUCGACCACUUCAGCUAACAAUGGCGACCAUAAUGAACAACGGCAACAACAACAACAUUAAUGGAAAAAAACCAGUUAAAUUGCUUGUAGGAGAUGGGUUCUUCAACGAUAGACUUCUCCUGAAAGAUAAUUCCAUCGGGAACUCAUCGCGUAUUUACUACCGGAGUACCACGGAUGGGGUUCCCUUUCAAUGGGAAAGAUCCCCCGGGACACCCAAACACGAGCUGCAGAAUGAGGUCAUUCCGCCGCUAAUACCUCCACCGGCAGCGCAGAGCAAGGGACUACCACCUAGGCCUAAAAAUUGUGUGGAGCAAUCGAAGGAAUCCGGCAACAAGUACUGGAAGGCUUGGUUUUGGAAGAAAAGCAAGAAGAAAAGGGAUUGUAAUGCCAUCCAUAGGAGUGUGAGCUGUGACGCGAGCUCUGAUAAAUUCGAAAUGGAAUUUAUGGGCUCAAUUCAUGAUUCGAGUUCCUCGGCCUCUUCAUCAUCGUCUUCGUGGAAUCGUGCUACUUUGCACUCGGAAGUAGGGUUGCAAAGGGAUCCGCUAGAUUCGCGUUAUAUUUGUAGUCCUUGGAACAUCACGGCAAUAUUGGUUCGUAUUGCUAGGCGAGUUUAAUUGUUUUUUUUUUUUUUUUUUGGGUUUAACCUUGUUAUACUAGUUAUAGUUUGUUUUUGGAUAAUUGUGAAAUAUAUCAAAUCAAAUAAAUAUGUUGUAAGCGCUGAGAU